AUGCGCUCUGCCCUCCCUUGCCCUCUCGGCUCUGAUACGAGCUGCGCACUCCUCACUCCAGAGGAAGAGCGGAGGUUAGCGGCAGCCCGAGAGAAGUCGGGGUGAGAAGAACCAGACUUACUUUUACGGUAGAGAACCAUCUUUGCCUGGAAAAGUGUGCACUUGAUAGAGGUGAGACCUCAUGGGCAGGAACCGAGGCAAGGAAAUGUCGCUACACUGCUUUCAAUCAUGAUACAAGGAGAAAAAAAGUGCCCUUGAUAAAAGUGGGGAGAACAGAAGAGAGACGGAGAGAGAGGAGAGAGAAAUCAGCAAUCAGAGACUGGAUCUAGAAAACAAAACCAAUAGGGGCUUCCCUGGUGUUGCAGUGGUUAAGAAUCUGCCUGCCAAUGCAAGGGACACGGACGGGUUCGAGCCCUGGUACUGGAAGAUCCCACAUGCCGCGGAGCAACUAAGCCCGUGGGCCACAACUACUGAGCCUGCACUCUAGAGCCUGCGAGCCACAACUACUGAAGCCUGCGCGCCUAGAGCCCGUGCUCCGCAACAAGAGAAGCCACCAAGAUGAGAAGCCCGCACACCGCAACGAAGAGUAGCCCCCGCUCUCCACUAGAGAAAAGCCCGCACUCAGACAUGAAGACCCAACGCAGCCAAAAAUAAAUAAAUAAAUUUAUAAAAAAACACAAAAAUCAAAAAACCAAAUAUACAGUCCUGUGUUGGAGGACUCUGGCUAACAAGAAGGAGUUUAAAAUCCCUUCUGGAGGGGGCUGGGCUUCCCUGGUGGCGCAGUGGUUGAGAGUGCACCUGCCAAUGCAGGGGACACGGGUUCGUGCCCCGGUCCCGGAAGAUCCCACAUGCCGCGGAGUGGCUGGGCCUGCGCGUCCGGAACCUGUGCUCCGCAACGGGAGAGGCCACAACAGUGAGAGGCCCGCAUACCACAAAAAAAAAAAAAAAAAUCCCUUCUGGAACAUUGGACUCCUGUAUGUCAAAGAUGUAAGGGAUCAAGAUCCUGAAGCUUGGGCACUUUUGCUCUUUCCUUUCUACCCAACUCUUGUCAACGCCAGUGGAGAUACGCGCCUUCCCUCCCCUGGGGCUAUUGCCAUAUAUAACCCCCAGAUCUCCACGCCCUGCUUCCCCAAGUCUGUGGGGGAUUCUGAGCCGCCCCUGGUCCAGGCCAUCUUUAGCCGAGAUGUGGAGGAAGUGCGUUCCCUCCUCUCGCAGAAGGAGAACAUCAAUGUGCUGGACCAAGAGAGGCGAACCCCACUGCAUGCUGCUGCCUACGUAGGCGAUGUCCCCAUCCUCCAGUUGCUACUGAUGUCAGGUGCUAAUGUCAAUGCUAAGGACACACUGUGGCUGACCCCUCUUCAUCGUGCUGCUGCCUCCCGAAAUGAGAAGGUGCUGGGACUGCUGCUGGCACAUUCAGCAGAUGUGAAUGCCCGGGACAAGCUGUGGCAGACACCAUUGCAUGUGGCUGCCGCCAACCGGGCCACCAAGUGUGCUGAGGCUCUGGCACCAUUACUGAGCAGCCUCAACGUGGCUGACAGGAGCGGGCGCAGUGCCCUGCACCACGCAGUGCAUAGUGGGCAUCUGGAGACGGUGAACCUGCUCCUCAGUAAGGGAGCCAGCCUGAAUGUCUGUGACAAAAAGGAGCGGCAGCCUCUGCACUGGGCGGCUUUUCUAGGGCAUUUGGAGGUCCUGAAACUGCUGGUGGCACGGGGAGCAGACCUUGGCUGCAAGGACCGCAAGGGCUAUGGGCUGCUCCAUACAGCUGCUGCCAGUGGCCAGAUUGAAGUGGUGAAGUACCUGCUACGGAUGGGGGCUGAGAUUGAUGAGCCCAACGCUUUUGGAAACACAGCUUUGCACAUCGCCUGCUACCUGGGCCAGGAUGCUGUGGCUAUCGAGCUGGUGAACGCAGGAGCCAAUGUCAACCAGCCAAAUGACAAGGGCUUUACACCACUGCAUGUGGCUGCGGUCUCCACCAAUGGCGCGCUCUGCUUGGAGCUUUUGGUCAAUAACGGGGCUGAUGUCAACUACCAGAGCAAAGAAGGGAAAAGUCCUCUGCACAUGGCUGCCAUCCAUGGCCGUUUCACCCGCUCCCAGAUCCUCAUCCAGAAUGGCAGCGAGAUUGAUUGUGCAGACAAAUUUGGGAACACGCCACUGCACGUGGCCGCUCGCUACGGACACGAGCUGCUCAUCAGCACCCUCAUGACCAAUGGCGCGGAUACCGCCCGGCGUGGCAUCCACGACAUGUUCCCCUUGCACUUAGCUGUUCUCUUUGGAUUCUCUGACUGUUGUCGUAAGCUUCUUUCCUCAGGUCAGCUGUACAGCAUUGUAUCCUCACUCAGCAAUGAGCACGUGCUUUCAGCUGGGUUUGACAUCAAUACACCUGACAACCUUGGCCGUACCUGUCUUCAUGCUGCUGCUUCUGGAGGGAAUGUUGAAUGUCUUAAUUUGCUGUUGAGCAGUGGAGCUGACUUGAGGAGGAGAGACAAAUUUGGAAGGACCCCACUGCACUAUGCAGCCGCCAAUGGCAGCUACCAGUGCGCCGUCACACUGGUGACCGCUGGGGCAGGCGUCAAUGAGGCCGACUGUAAAGGCUGCUCUCCCCUCCAUUACGCUGCCGCCUCCGACACCUACAGGAGGGCGGAGUCCCACUCAUCUUCCAGCCACGAUGCUGAAGAGGAUGAGCCACUGAAGGAGUCCCGCAGGAAGGAGGCCUUCUUCUGUUUGGAAUUCUUACUGGAUAACGGUGCAGACCCCUCCCUGCGGGACAGGCAGGGCUACACAGCCGUGCACUAUGCAGCCGCCUAUGGCAAUAGACAGAACCUCGAACUGCUCUUAGAAAUGUCCUUUAACUGCCUGGAGGAUGUAGAGAGCACCAUUCCAGUCAGCCCUUUGCACUUAGCUGCCUACAACGGUCACUGUGAAGCCCUGAAGACACUGGCCGAGACGCUGGUGAAUCUGGAUGUAAGGGACCACAAGGGCCGGACCGCGCUCUUCCUGGCCACUGAGCGAGGCUCCACUGAGUGUGUGGAGGUGCUAACGGCCCAUGGCGCCUCUGCCCUCAUCAAGGAGCGCAAGCGCAAGUGGACACCCCUGCACGCUGCUGCUGCCUCUGGCCACACUGAUUCCCUGCACUUGCUGAUCGACAGUGGGGAAAGAGCUGACAUCACGGAUGUCAUGGAUGCCUACGGACAAACCCCACUGAUGCUGGCCAUCAUGAAUGGCCACGUGGACUGUGUACAUCUGCUGCUAGAGAAAGGAUCCACAGCUGAUGCUGCUGACCUCCGGGGCCGCACUGCCCUCCACCGUGGGGCAGUGACUGGCUGUGAGGACUGCCUGGCUGCCCUGCUGGACCACGAUGCGUUUGUGCUGUGCCGAGACUUCAAGGGCCGCACACCCAUUCAUCUGGCCUCAGCCUGUGGCCACACUGCAGUACUGCGGACCCUGCUGCAGGCUGCCCUUUCCACAGACCCCCUGGAUACCGGGGUGGAUUACAGCGGAUACUCGCCCAUGCACUGGGCCUCCUACACUGGACAUGAAGAUUGUCUGGAGUUGUUACUUGAACACAGCCCGUUUUCAUACCUGGAAGGAAACCCCUUCACUCCUUUGCACUGUGCAGUAAUUAAUAACCAGGACAGCACCACAGAGAUGCUGCUGGGAGCUCUGGGUGCCAAGAUUGUGAACAGCCGAGAUGCCAAAGGACGGACCCCUCUUCACGCCGCUGCCUUCGCGGACAACGUCUCUGGGCUCCGGAUGCUGCUGCAGCAUCAAGCCGAGGUGAACGCCACUGACCACACUGGCCGCACUGCGCUCAUGACGGCGGCUGAGAAUGGGCAGACCGCUGCUGUGGAAUUUCUGCUGUAUCGAGGGAAGGCAGACCUUACUGUGCUGGAUGAGAACAAGAACACUGCCCUCCACUUGGCCUGUAGCAAGGGCCACGAGAAAUGUGCCCUCAUGAUCCUGGCAGAAACCCAAGACCUUGGCCUUAUCAAUGCUACCAACAGUGCGCUGCAGAUGCCCCUACACAUUGCCGCCCGGAAUGGUCUAGCUUCUGUGGUGCAGGCCCUGCUGAGUCGUGGGGCCACAGUGCUGGCUGUGGAUGAAGAAGGUCACACCCCGGCAUUGGCCUGUGCCCCCAACAAAGAUGUGGCAGACUGCCUGGCCUUGAUCCUUUCCACCAUGAAGCCUUUCCCACCCAAGGACGCUGUCAGUCCUUUCAGCUUCAGCCUGCUCAAAAACUGCGGCAUCGCAGCAGCCAAGACGAUGGAUGCAUCCUGCACCCUCCAGGCCCCUCCUCCCCAUACCUGCUUUGAGCCCUCCUCCUGCCACAUCCUGGUUUUCUAUGCUGUUUUGGUGCAAGUACAACUGUCGUAGUCAUGGCUUUGGGAUGGGUUCUGUUUAUUAAAAUCCUAUUGCUCCUA